AUGCUGAAGGUAGUUGGUAUGAGGAACUCCCCGAGAGUGCUCUCAACUCGAUACCUUCAAACUUUGUUGGGGAGACGUUUUGUUUCAAGUGAUAUCCAGCAGAAAGAUCAACAAGCAGGUGAAUCAAAUACUGCAACCGACACAGGUGUUAUUCAUAAGACUGAACAAGAAACCCUUUUAUUUUUUGACAACGUAUACCCACGUCAAUUAUCUAUAUGGAGCCCUCUGGGUUGGAUGAACACUAUCUUUUUCAGUCAAUCAAGGGAAUCAGUUAGGGCUAAGAUUCAAAAUUUGGCUUCCCCAAAGGAGAAUCCUAUACAUGGACUUGUUAUGCGUUCAACCAUUCCUGUCAAGAGAGAUGGUGGUGUUUUCGCUACGUUUGUAGUGCCAUAUCGUUAUUCCAAAGCUGAAGUCAACAUGAUGAUAUCAAAAAAUACAACUUUAGAGUCAUCAAAGGGUUUGCUAUCUUUUCUAACAACUGUAUCUGCUUUCCCUGUUAAAGGUAUUCCAUGGAUUGAAGAUUUAAGAAGAUUACCAAGCACUACCAUUAAAGUAAAAUUCCAAGGUCCAGUAUUAACUGAAGAAGAAAUAUAUUCAUUGUUUAGAAGAUAUGGUACCAUUGUAGAUAUUUUCCCUUGCAAAGAUGGUAAUGAUUUUGCAAUUGUCAGAUAUAGAUCUUACCGAGGAGCCAUUUGCGCAAAGAAUUGUGUUUCAGGUAUUGAAAUUAAUAACACAGUUUUACAUAUUCAAUAUCAAGAAGAAGUAAAGAAUACCCUAGUAAGUAAUUUUUUUGUUAACCACACAAGAAUUGCGGUUCCAGUAUUCAUUGCUUUGUUGUCUAUUGUUGCUGUUCUGAUUUUUGAUCCUAUUAGAGAAUUCUUCAUUGAGCAAAAAAUUACUCAUAGAUAUUCAUUAUCUAUGGACAAUUAUUGGUUCAAACAAUUAAAAGAUAUUACAAAUUCCACAGUUUCUCAAUUUAAAAAUUAUUGGGGUGGCCAUGAUGAAAAUCAUGCCAGAAGACAUUUGUGGGAUGAACGGAUGGAUAGAGUUAACGAUCUUCAGAUGUGGCUUGAAGAAAAUAACAAUACUUUUGUUAUAGUUAGAGGCCCAAGAGGUUCUGGUAAACGUGAUUUAGUUAUGGAACAUACACUUCAUGAUAGGGAAAAUGUUCUAUACCUGGAUUGCGAUAGAAUUAUCAAAUCUAGAACUGAUGCAAAAUUCUUAAGAAAUGUUGCACAAGAAAUUGGUUAUUUCCCAAUAUUCCCAUGGAUUGGCUCUGUCACCGGUAUCAUCGAUUUAAUGGUCCAAGGUCUUACUGGACAAAAGACCGGUCUAUCCGAGUCGAAGGAAACCCAGUUUAGAAAUAUAUUAACUACAUCUUUAAUGGCUAUCAGACGUAUUGCUUUAAAAAAUUAUAAACCUGCAAUCAGAGAAGGUGAGACUACUAUCAAUGUUAAGGAAGAGGAUUACUUACAACAGCAUCCUGAAGCUAAACCAGUUGUUGUUAUAGACCGGUUUGCUGGUAAAUCUGAUAUAAACGGUUUUGUGUACAAAGAGAUGGCUGACUGGACUGCAAUGCUGGUUCAAAUGAAUGUUGCACACGUUAUUUUCCUUACUGAAACAAUAACAUCGAAUCAAAUUUUGAGUGAAUCUCUACCAAAUCAAGUCUUUAAGACGAUGAUUCUAUCAGAUGCAUCAAGGGAAAAUGCAAGAAGUUAUGUUUUAUCCCAACUUCAUGAUAGUUCUGGAGGUCAUUUCAUAAAACCUCUAAUUUCACAAGAGAACAAUGAACUUGAAGGAAAGGAAAACAAUGGGGAAAUAGUAAAUAAUAUAAAUGAAGAGGAUAUCGACCCUCACCUUAUUGAAGAACUCGAUAAUAAUUUAGAUCCACUAGGUGGUAGAAUGUUGGAUUUACAAGCUUUUGUCAGAAGAGUUAAGUCAGGCGAAGAACCAAAAAAGGCACUUGAGAAAAUGGUAGAACAAGCCAGUGAACAAAUUACCCAAAUAUUUCUCAGUGACAAAAUUGAGCAAAUUAAGAGUGCACAAGCUUGGGAAUUAAUUGAACUAUUGAAUGAAAACCCUGUAGUGAAGUAUGAGGACAUUGUAUUCAGACCCUUAUUUAAAGCGGCUCCUGAAUUGGGCAUUUUGGAAUUAGAAAACAACGGAUUAGUAAAUGUUUCUAGAGAUAGAGGUGUACUAAAGGAUAUUAGACCUGCAAAACCAUUAUUCAAAGCUGCUUUCCAAUAUUUGUUAGAGAACCAAGAGCUUUCAACUGUUUUGAAAACGCGUUACUACUUGAAAGUUAUUGGGUUUGAAAACGGAAGAAUAAAAAAAUGGGAAGAAGAACUACCACAAUUAGGGAAGAUAAAAGAUCCAAAAUUAUUUAAGGCCAGAGUAGAUUACUUAUCUGGUAAGAUUACAUUAAGUAGUGAUGUGAUUAAUAAUUGUGAGAAAAUGAUUAAGGAAUUAUCUCAAAAACCUAAGAAUUAA